AUGGCCGACACGUUCAAGCUGUCGGCAUCUCUGAAGGGCCACGAAGACGACGUCCGCGCCGUCGUGUCUCCUUCGGCUUCCUGUAUCUUCUCGGCCUCGCGUGACGGCACCGUCCGACAAUGGCUCCUCACUUCGCCCAAACCACCCACAUACGACGACACGAUUGCUGUCCAGGCUACCUCGUUCGUAAACUCGCUGACUUUUGCCGCCCCCUCUCCCGCACACUCUGAAGGCCUUUUGAUCUCUGCUGGAAAGGAUACUAUUAUCGAUGUCCGUCGUCCCUUCCAAAACCCAGACACAGACCCCGAACGUUUGCUCAUUGGCCACGCCAACAAUGUCUGCGCUCUCGACGCUUCUUCCGAUGGCGAUACUCUGGUCAGUGGUGGAUGGGAUACACAAGCAAGAGUUUGGAGCAUCUCCAAGGGCGAGUGCACCGCUGAGCUAAAGGGACACGAUGCCGCCGUCUGGGCAGUCAUGGUCUACGACGACAAGACUGUUAUCACAGGUUGCGCAGACAAGGCCAUUCGCAUCUUCUCUCUUGGCGGAAAGCUUCUUCAAACGAUCCCUGGUCUGCCUGAUGUUGUUCGCGCACUCUGCAAGUUACCAGCUGGCCACCCUUCUGGUGCAGCCUUUGCCUCUGCAGGAAACGACCAAGUCAUCAGACUCUGGACUCUCGACGGUGUCGAAGUCGCACAACUUCACGGACACACUUCAUUCAUCUACGCCCUCGCCGUCCUCCGUAACGGUGAUCUGGUUAGCUCUGGUGAAGAUAGAACUGUGAGAGUAUGGAAGGGCACCGAGUGCAUUCAAACCAUCACACAUCCUGCAAUCUCGGUUUGGGCUGUCUCUGUAUGCCCUGAGACCGAUGACAUCGUUACUGGCGCCAGUGACAAGGUCAUUCGAGUCUUCAGCAAAGACCCUAACCGCCACGCAAAUGCUGAGGUUCUGCGCGCAUUCGAUGAGAGUGUCAGCUCGUCUUCAAUACCUCAGCAGACUGCAGGCGAAGGGCAGCAGAUCAACAAGGAACAACUUCCUGGUCCAGAAUUCCUGCAGCAAAAGUCGGGUACUAAGGAAGGUCAAGUUCAGAUGAUCAGGGAAGAGGAUGGCAGUGUAACCGCUCACACCUGGUCAUCUGCAGCCCAACAAUGGAUAAAUGUUGGAACUGUGGUCGAUGCAGCUGCAAGCAGCGGUCGCAAGGUGACGCACGAGGGAAAAGACUACGAUUACGUUUUUGACGUCGACAUCACGGAUGGCGCCCCUCCGUUGAAACUGCCAUACAACAUUGGCCAGAACCCGUACGACGUGGCAAGCAAGUUCAUUGCCAACAAUGAGCUGCCCAUGACCUACCUGGACCAAGUCGCCAACUUCAUUACCACUAAUACUCAAGGAGCAACACUAGGCUCGUCUUCGCAACAGCAGACUCAGACACCUGGAGCCGAUCCUUGGGGCAGCGAGAAUCGCUAUCGACCAGGCGAGGCUGGUGCUCCCGAACCAUCUGGAGACACACGCCCACGAUCCUUGCCCCAGACUCAAUACCUUUCGAUCACUACAGCUAACUUAUCUGCCAUUCGCAAGAAGGUCGGUGAACUGAACGAUACCAUGUCAGCCGAUCUUGCGCUCUCACCAGAUGAGCUGAAAGCCUUGGACAACCUGGUCAAACAACUGCAGACCAACCCCAAGGACCCUAAACCUCAAGCAGAUCAACUCACUGUGGUGCUUAAAAUUGCGACCCAGUGGCCAUCCGCGAACCGCCUACCCGGCAUUGAUCUUCUCAGAUUGUCUGCUAUAGCGCCAACUUUUGUGAUGCACACAAGUGGCGGAGAGGGCACUAUUGUAGACACCCUCGCUAAGAGUGGUGUCUUUGAAGCAAAUACCGACAAGCCCAACAACACUAUGCUGGCUGUUCGCGUUCUUGCAAACCUCUUCAUGACUGAAGAAGGUAGACUAGUCGCUGACGGCUGCUUUGAGGACAUCGUCUCGUCUACUCAGUCGUUCUCCAGUACUUCUAACAAAAAUCUGGCUACGGCAAUCGCGACUCUGUACAUCAACUAUGCAGUGCUGUUGACCUCUAGUGCCCCUUCAUCGGAGUCGAAGACUAGGGAGCAGCGGGCAGCAGCCAUUGUCAACGCGGCUUUGAACAUAAUCAAGCCGGAUGGUGACAGUGAGGCUGUGUACAGAGCUCUUGUCGCGGUCGGCACCUUGACGUCGCUGGGCAACGAGUUCAGGAAGGAAGUUGCUCAAGCGAAGGACAUGGGUAGUCUUCUGCAGAGCAUUGAGAAGAGUGCCUUGGGCAAGGAAAACAGAAUCAAGGCCGUUAUCAACGAGAUGAAGGAUCAGUUCAGGUGA